AUGGCGAGCAUCAAAAUCAUCUGGGGCGGAGCCUCAAUCGUCGACAAAGUCUCUUAUCCAACCCUUGAAUCCAUCAGCGAGGUCCUCAAUAUUCUACAUGCUAAGGGCAUCAAAAACAUCGAUACUGCCAAGCGCUACAGUAACUCCGAGGAGCUACUGGGAAAACUUCAAGCCCAUUCCCGCUUUACCAUUGAUUCCAAAUUCCCUGGCGGGGCUGGACCCGAGCCUUCUACCCCAGAGUCUCUUGUUACAAGCUUGAAUGAGAGCUUGGAUCUUCUUCAAACUGACCAGCUCGAUGUCUACUACAUGCAUGCCCCCGAACGCAGAAGCCCAAUGGAAGAUUUGCUGGCUAGUAUCGACUCUGAGUACCGGGCUGGGAAGUUCAAGCGUUUUGGAUUGUCCAACUAUCUCGCCGAGGAGGUCGAAGAGGUGGUCCGCAUCUGUCGCGAAAGGAACUAUGUCGUUCCAAGUGUGUACCAGGGCAACUAUUCCGCUGUUGCACGCCGAGCAGAGAAAGAACUCUUUCCCACGCUACGGAAGCAUAACAUGUCCUUCUAUGCUUAUUCGCCCAUCGCGGGUGGGUUCCUGACCAAGGAUGUUGCGACUUUGGUCGCGGGCGGCCAGGGUCGAUGGAAUCCAAAGACACCACUUGGUGGGGUGUACAAUGCGCUUUUUAAUAAGCCGAGCAUGUUGGAGGGCUUGGAACAAUGGGGGAGGAUUUCCAAGGAGUCUGGUAUUCCCAAGGCUGAAUUGGCAUAUAGGUGGGUGGCGCAUAACUCGGCCCUCAAAGGAGAAUUCGGAGAUGCUGUGAUUGUUGGCUCGCGUAAUGUUGAGCAGCUCAAUCAGACGCUUGCUGCAUUGAGCAAAGGUCCCCUGAGCGCGGAAAUUGCAGCACGGAUUGAGCAGGUGUGGAAGAUCGUCGAGGCUGAUUCGCCUUUAGACACAUUCAACCGUUCCGCCUAG